ACGUUUCAAGUAGCUCGUAAAAUGUCAACAAUUCAGUCACUCGUAAUAACGCUUAUUUUAAUGUAUCUUCAAAUGAAACUAGUUCUUUGUGAUAACAAUGAGCAAAGAAAGACAGAAGGUAACGAAAUUGCGGAAUCAGUAAUGACUGAAUUAAUUGAUAUGUUUAUUAAAUGUUACUCAACAAGUAUGCCGAACCAACGGUAUUUUGUGGAUAAUAUAAAUAUUUAUAUAAACACUCCAUCCAAGACAACUGUUGGAGUAGCUGAUAAAUUCACUACCAACCGAAAAUUCUUUGCAAACAUGAUAUCCACAACAGCAUUCAAAAAUAUGCUAGCAACUGAUGUAAAAGAACUAAAAAAAAAUAUGGCAAAGAAAUUGAGAUACUGUGAUGAUUCUAUUAUGAAUCAAGAGAUAUUAAACGAAUUUUACGAACGGGAAGUGGAUCAAACAAGAAUGUAAAUCUAUACUAAUAUUAUAUUAUUUUAAAAUAAAUGUCCCGAGUUGAGCAGUUUUUAAACAUUACCUGCAUUAAAUACUAAGGGGCCAUCCAUUAAU